AUGGGAGCCACCCCAUUCACGGAGAAAAUCCUGAAAGCCAAACUCCCAAAGGGCUUUGACAAGCCUACUGAUAUGAAAUACAAUGGGAUGAAAGACCCGCAGGAGCACCUCACAACCUUUAAAGCUAAGAUGAACUUAGACGGAGCCGUCGAUGCGGCCCAAUGCAGGGCCUUUCCGGUGAACCUAGCUGGCCCCGCAAUCAAAUGGUUUAACGCCCUCCCCAACAUCUCCAUAGCCAGUUUUGACGAUGUGUCCAGGAAGUUUCUAACACAGUUCACCACCAAGAUCACCAAAGCAAAACAUCUGAUCAGCCUACUCGAAAUCACUCAAAGACAAGACAAAUCCACGAAGAAAUACCUCGACAGGUUUAACGAUGAGUGCCUAACGGUCGACGGACUCAUGGACUUAGUAGCCAAUCUUUGUCUGACCAAUGGCCUCAUAAACGAAGACUUCAAGAAGCACCUCACUACCAAGCCAGUCUAUACCAUGUAUGAAAUUCAAAACGUUGCAAGAGAAUACAUAAACGAUGAAGAGUUCAUCCAAGUCGUGGCCACCAAUAAACAGCAACACGAUGACACGGCGCGACAACUGAAGGAACGGACAGGCGACAACAAGAGCCUAUACUACAACUACCACCGAGGAUACGGGCAUAAGACCCAAGAUUGCUUCGAUCUAAAGGACGCUCUCAAACAAGCCAUCUUAGACAGCAAACUCGAAUCAUCCGAGAUUCCAAGAAAGUUGAUAGAGAAAGAUUAG